GCCAGUCAAUAUAUAGAAACCCUAGAAUCGGUUCCUCCAAUCUGAAAACCCAGCGAUUCAGUGAGGAAAACUUUGUAAUCGAUUGUUGGAUCUUGAACGUUCGAAAUGAGGAUCAAUUAUGCCGAUCCAAAUUCGCCGAUUGGAUCAAUUCGAUUCCGAUCUUUGAAACAGUGGUAGGAAGAGGGAACUAGCGAGUGGCGUCUAUGUCUGUCAUGGGACCUCGCUCCGGUCUCUAGUCUCUAUUCUUUGGCAAUCGGACAUCUCUCUCUUUCUUAAUCUUCUUACGGUUGUUCUCCGAACUCCAAAGUUUUUGGAGUCUCGGUGGGAACUGGGAACUGGGAACUGGGAACUUGGGAGGCAGCGAUGGAACCGAAGAAGCAGGCGUUGAAUAAGAAGAGUAGCAGCAGCACAAGAGCGAGAAGUAUUCAGUCCCUUGACUCCGACCUUCUGUGCAAGAUCUUCUCACUUGUCGACCCUUUCGAUCUCGCCCGUUGUUCCACUGUUUGUAAAUUCUGGCACAAUGUCAUCAAUACAUCUAAUAUAUUGAAGGUUCUAUAUUACAAGCAGCAACAUGGUUCAAUGCAUCAUUCCAAUCUAUCUGCUCGUCCGGAAACAUCACUGCAGAAGCACCUUGAGAGUCUUGCUAUGGAACAGCAUAAGCUAUCCUUACAGAAGGGUUUUGUUUCUGUUGAUCAAUGGAAGGGUCACGCUGCUGGGGUUGAACAGUGCCGAAUGAAGAUGGGCUUGAUUCUCACUGGUGUGGGGGAUAAGGUUAUGCGUAUCUGGUCAUCAGAAAGCUACAAGUGCUUGGAAGAAUAUCCUGUUCCGGACAAAUUCCCUUUAGUUGAUUUUGAUUUUGAUGAGAGCAAGAUUGUUGGUCUAAUUGGAACCCGUAUAUGCAUCUGGAGACGUCAUGGAGGAAGAAGUAUAUUUCCAUCACGUGAAGGCACAUUCACAAAUGGCUUAUGUAUGCGCUAUAUAGAUCCAGAGGCUGUUGUUGGAUGUGAGGAUGGGACAGUUCGUGUAUUUGACAUGUAUAGUAGGAAUUGUUCUCGAAUUAUCAGGACGCGUGCUGGUUCUGUAAUGUGCUUGGCUUUAACUGAUCAGCUAAUUCUUGGUGGCUCCUCUCUUGGAAGUAUUACAGUGGCUAGUCUUUCAUCUGGUGACUGUGUAGCGUCACUAAAGGCUACUUAUUCGACAGGCAGCAUUUGGAGCCUAUGUUUCAAUCCUCGUUCGCAUUUAGUAUUUUCAGGAUCAUCUGCUGGAUAUUCACAUUGCUGGGAUCUUAGAACAAUGAGACCACUUUGGGAAAAACGAGUUAGUCCAAAUGUUGUGUAUUCAUUACAACACCAGGCAAAUGAUACAUCAGUGUUAAUUGUCGGUGGAAUUGAUGGCGUGCUACGUACUCUUGACCAGAAUACUGGUGAAAUUCUUGCCAGCUAUGUGCUACAUGAAGGCAACAGAGCAACUUCCUCUGAAAACAGAUAUGGUGUUAUUGAAAGAAAGAAAGCCAUAAGGCUUUCAGAAGAUACCCUCAUUGACAGUGUCCCAAAGAACAUGCGACCUCCCAUUUCAUGUUUGGCUGUUGGAAUGAAGAAGGUUGUGACCACACACAGUGGCAAGCUCAUUAGGAUGUGGCGAUUCAAUAAAUAACCUGGAGGAGCUUUACUAUACCCUUGCUUCAUGGUCAACACCACCACAAAGUCAUCAAAUGAACAUGGAUGGAGCUUACCAUCUCCCUCGAGCAAGGGGGGGGGGUGCAAUUGGGUGGAUUCUUUGAUGCUAAUGCAAAAUGUUUUGAUGCAGCAGUAGGAUCCACAUUCAGAAUGGAGGUCUGGGCUUUGCGCUAAGGUUUAUGUACAGCCAGGCUCAAAGGGGGUGAAACAGUGCAGCCUAUUCAGGUGGAACUUUAUGCAAUUGGAGAAUUUCAAAAGUGGUCUUGGCAGUGGCUCGAAUUUUGUGGGGUUCAGUGUUGGCCUUAUUCCCAGAUCAGCAAAUAAGGCAGCUCAUCUGUUGGUGGGAAGGGAUUAGAUUUGGGUUGUAAUUUCCUUUUAUAAUGAUAUUAUGUCCCACUGUGAUUUUCUGUUGUUUUGGAUGAAGGAUGCUCUGGUUUAUAAUCCGAACACAUGUUUUGGGUGUUUUUAGUGAAUAAAUAAACAUUUUAGUUACUUUGAA